AUGCCGAAUCAUGUUCCAACAGAAGAAUUACCAGUACUCGAAGCACUAAUUAACGUUCGAAAUCGACUACAAAUUCUGAAAAGGGACCGAAGCAUUAACCCGGCAGAUGUGAUUGCUAUUUACGAAGAGGCAAGCAUGAAUUUUAAACUAGUCAUUAAACAAUUAGAAAUCCUGCACACUUCUCGAGAACAGUCUCUGUCACCGCCCGUAGAAAAUAAUCGUGUCAAUGAUGUGCUUGACGACGUUUUUCAAUUACUUUCACUGUUUUUUAUGGCUAUAGGCAAGAACCGUGAAAGUCCUGCUGUUUAUGUACAACUCUCUACCAUAAAGGCAUAUAUUUCCUCCCGUAAUAUUGUUACUAACAAUGAAAUAUUUAUCCAGCAAUGCCUGAGGAAUUUGGACGAGUCGGGUGCAUAUACCCUAGAUGAAUUAGUACCAUAUCAAGAACGUUUAAAAGAGAUAGCUAAAAUAAUAGAAGCGGAUGAGAAUAACGAUAGUGUUCCAGAAUAUCAACUUAAAUUGUUGAAGCAAAAAUUGUUAUCAUGUGAGAAAUUGUUGAAUCAACUUUUCGAAUCUGGAUCAAACAUCAGCAAAGUACUUGCUCCAACACAAAAACGUCUCGUCGAAAUAAAAAGAGAAUUAGGCGCCAUUGGAGCAAAAGCAGAAUUUCAAAUUGACGAAAUUCGUAUGCUUCAGGAUGAAUUACGCAAAAUUGAUGGAGCGCGAGUGGAUGGAAAAUUUCUUUCGUUGGAUGGAUCCAUUCCUCCGGGUCAGGCACAAGUAAUUGGACUUUUAGAAGAAUGUUACGAAGAUGUCCAUGAAUUAAUUGCAAGCAAAAAAAUUGUCUCUAAUGAAUUGAAACCUACUUAUGAUCGAUUAAUUGGCUUGAAAUCAAGCCUUGAAAAACUGACGAUAACUCAUCGUUGGACUAUACGUGAGACUGAUCUUUGGAUUUAUCAAAAACAAUUAUCAGAGAUUGACGGUACGAGAACAGACGGGAAUUUCUAUGAUGAAAAAGGAAAUUCACUUAAAGGGCAAACGGUGCUUCUUUAUUUAUUACAUAAAUGCUAUCACAUAGUUUAUAGAAUUUUAAGCUCCAGCGAGCCGGUCGCAGAGGCUCUAGUACCUAUACGCAACCAACUACAAACAGUUCGUCGAUUCUUAAAUGAAGUUAAAAAAUGGGGCGGACCGUUUACCGCAAGAGAACUUUAUCUCUAUCAAAUGAAACUCACGUCAAUUGAUAAUUUACGCGUUGACGGGAAAUUUUUGGAUGAAAAUGGUGGGGUGCCAGAGGGACAAGGCAUUGUGAUGGCGUUGUUGAAUGAAUGCUACGAUAUUUUAUUUGAAUUGAAAUCGGAUAUUGUAGAAGAAACAUAG